AUGUGGACCCCAGAGCACGACCAGAUGCUGAGCGAGUUUGUUCGAGAUGUGACUCGGAGGGUUCUGACUGUGUACAUGGAUCAGUACGCUGGGCUGCAGGUGGUCCUUGGCACACCUGCACAGGCCACAGAUUACCUUAUCUACUUCAUCCGGAAGGAGAAAGCUGAGAUUGACCGGGAUAACUUCACUCACGUGGUGCAGUUUGGCAGCAUCCGAGAUGGACACCUGGAGAGCCUGCUGAGGCACAUGCAGGGCAUCUUCGCAGCCCAGUUCUUUGAAAAUCACAUGUGGCCCGAAGGCAUCAAGGACAAUUUUUCAGCGCACUUGCACAAGUUCCUUGCCAGCCUUACAGAUGCUCGGCACAAGUUGGAUGGCCACACGGUCCUCUACAUCCCACAGGAGAGCUUGAAACUGACGCCAGCACAAGCAGCAAAGGACAAGGAGCUGGUACAGAGACUGGAGACCGCCGUUGUCCAUUGGACUCGUCAGAUUAAAGAUGUGCUCAGUGCACAAGAGGCCAUAGAUACCGGGGAGAUCCUUGGACCACUGGAAGAGAUUCAGUUCUGGCGGAACCGCUGUGAUGACCUGUCGGGAAUUGGUUUCCAGCUCGAUAAACCUGGAGUCAAACACAUCCAGUCCAUCCUCGAGCUCUCCAAGUCCUCUUACAUUGCUCCCUUUCUCAAACUUGCUAAGCUUAUCCAGGAUGGGCGUGCUCAGGCCCAGUCCAACCUCAGCUUCCUGGCCUUACUCAAUGUCCCCUGCCAGGAGCUAACCACUCUGAAGGUCAAAGACAUACCACCCAAGCUGCCUCACAUCCUCAACCUUGUCCGAGUCAUCUGGAUCAACUCCAAGUUCUACAACACCCGGGACCGUAUCACUGCACUCUUCCGCAAAGUAUGUGACUGCCAAGAGUUGUUUGCCCGCCGGGAUGAAGGGAAGCAGACACCACUUCCAUGUUUUGGAGGACAUCGCGGCCCUGAAAUAACACGGGGUCUACUGGAGAUCGAGGCCACGUUCAACAAGAUCCUACAAAUGCUGAAAAACUCUCAGACUGAGAUUCUGGAUGUUAAGAACACCUAUUGGCACGAUGACUACAGCAGGUUCCGCUCCGGUAUCAAGGACCUGGAAGUGAUGAUGCAGAACCUGAUUUCAUCUGCGUUUGAAACUGUGACCACUGUGCAACAAGGGGUGGAGCUUCUGGAUGUGUUCUACCACCUUUCCUAUCGAGAGACCAUUAAGCGGACCAUUGACAAAAAGACCGUGGAAGUCUAUGUCCUGUUCAAUGAGGAGCUAUCUCGGGUGAAUAAAGAUCUGAACAGAAAGGCAAUCUACUUGCCCCCACAGAUGCCGCGAUAUGCUGGCCAGGCACACUGGGCACGGACUCUCCGGCGCCGUAUCGAAAGGUCAAUGGAGUUUCUGACCCAGGCCACCUUUCUGCCCAAAAUCGGACUGGGGGAUGAGUCGAUAGCAUUCUACCAGUCACUGGAGCAAUCUCUGGAUGAAUUUGUACGUAAAGUCUUCACUGAAUGGACUGUUAACGUGGACCGGGACAGCAUAAAGCGUCUGGAGAGACCACUGAUGGUUCGCAAUAAUGAUGACAAUGGCCGGCUCAAUGUAAACUUUGACAUGUACCUGUUGGAGUUGUUUGAUGAAAUCCAUUAUUGGGAGCGCCUACUUUUUGAGAUCCCUCACUAUGUUAUGGAGAUCUACCAGCGCCGGGAAGACCUCAGGAAGCUCCGAGAGAGUGUUCUUCUGGUUGUGCGUGAUUACAACAGCAUCCUUGAUGGGUUAACGAAGGAACAAAGGAAUCUCUUCAAAGACAGAAUCAAAUUCCUGGACAAGAAAAUCUCCCCAGGGCUGACCAAGCUGCAGUGGUCUUCCAGAACACUGUCCACUUACUUCAUCGAUGAGUGCCGGAUGCAAGCCAGACAGCUGCAGCUGACAAUUGACGAGUACAAGGCCUCGAGUCUGCAGAUUCAAAAGUAUGCCCACCAAAUGAGUGACCUGCUGCUGGUGCAAAUCGACAGCAAGCGCACGUACAGCGACAAGGACUUUCGAGAAGCACAGGAGUCCCACCAGGAACACGUCCAGUCAAAGCUCCUAACAAUGCAUAAGGAAAUCGUAGCAAUUAUGCGGCAAACGUACCUUGUCUUCAAGAAUGAUGGAUCUGAGGUGCAGCAUCAUUGGUUAAAUUAUGCCAAGAAGGUCGACCGGUUGGUGGAAGAUGCCUUCAGACUAAACAUUAAACGGUCGCUGCUGGAGUUAUCCAAGGCCAUCAAUGGAGACCCCAAAUCCACACCCAACGCCCUCUUCAGGGUGCUGGUGGUUCUCCAGAAUGGUAUGCCAGGAAAGGUAGAGUUUUCACCCACACUAUCUAAGCUUGCCAGUAGCGUCAACAACAUCAGUGUUCAGAUUAAGAACUCCCUCGCCAUCUUCAAGCGUAUACCAGAACUACUGACCCGGAGGAAAUCUACCCUGCAAGCCAUCUUCUUAAACAUUGAGAAUGAUGAGGAGAUCAAGAAGCUCCAAGCUCAGAUCAGCAAUGGCAUGACGACCAAUGCUUCAAAUCUUCAGAACUAUUUGAAGACCUGGGAUACCUAUCGUGAGAUCUGGGAGAUCAACAAAGAUUCCUUUAUCCGCCGUUACCAGCGCCUCAAACCCGCUGUGUCAUCCUUCGAUGCUGAUAUUGCUCGAUACACAGAGGUGGCCAACAAUGUACAGAAGGAGGAGACGGUUGUGCAGAUUCAGUUUGUGCUGGUGGAUUGUUCCCCACUGAAGUUCUCCCUCGUCCAGCAUUGCAAUGAGUGGCAGAACAAGUUCACCACCCUGCUGAGUGAGAUGGCAAGCAACGUGCUGAUGGACUUGCUCGGGUUCCUAGAAGAGAAUAGAAAAAAAGUCAGCCACAUUCCACAGAACUUGGAAGAGCUGACCUCUGCUAUCCAGCUUCUGGAGAUGCUUCAGAACGAGCUCCCAAAGACCGAGGCACGCAUCCCGCCCGUUCACGAGCAGUUCAGCAUCUUGGAGAAAUACGAGUUCCAGAUAGAUGAAAGCGUCCAGUACAGACUAGAGUCCCUGAAUGGUGAAUGGAUGAACUUCCAGCAAACACUCAUUGACAGUGAGGGCACGCUGAAGAAGCACAAGGAGAAGUUCCGGACUGGCCUCAUCCACUCGGCCGAGGAGAUGAAGAAGAAGAUCCAAGGAGCCGUAGAAGAAUUUUCCACGAGAGGUCCCUUCAGCAGUGCCAUGAGCCCUGAAGCUGCACUGGCCCUGAUAGCGGAAUUGCGCAAUAACCUCAACGCCCUGAAGGAAGAGGAGAACAACAUCCGCAACGGCCUCAACGUCUUCAAGGUUGACCAGCCCUUGUCCAAAGAGUUGCAGGCCCUGGAGAGAGACCUGGAUUACCUCCAGCAAGCGUGGGAGGUCACCAAGCAGUGGGAAGAAUCGUGGGUGGAGUGGAAGGGAGAAAGGUUCAGCUCACUGAUGACGCAGGUUAUGGAGAAUGCUGCUACAGGCUACUACAGGAAACUCCACAAGCUGAGCCAGAUACUUAAGGACAGGCACUGGGACAUUGUAGCCACGUCAAAGAACAAGGUCCAGCAGUUUAAGAAAACAAUGCCCCUGAUUACCGACCUGAAGAAUCCAGCCAUGCGUGACAGGCACUGGAACGGCAUCAAGGACGAGGUGCAGAAAGUGUUUGAUCACACCAAUGAUGACUUCACCCUGGAGAGGAUCAUUGAUCUGGGCUUGGAGCAGCAUGCAGAUGUAAUCGGCAGCAUCUCAUCAGCUGCCAGCAAGGAGCUCUCCAUUGAAAUGGCUUUGGAAGGAAUAAAGAAAACUUGGGAAGUUACAACUCUUGAUCUUGUGCCUUACAAGGACAAAGGCCACUAUAAGCUGAGAGGAACUGACGAGAUCUUCCAGACGUUGGAGGAAAACCAGCUCACACUGUCAACCAUGAAGUCUUCUCCCUAUUUAAAGGCAUUUGACAAGCAGGUGGAUUAUUGGGAGCGGUGCCUCUCUCUCAUCCUGGAGGUGAUAGAGAUGAUCCUGACUGUGCAGAGGCAGUGGCUGUACCUGGAGAACAUUUUCCUCGGUGAGGACAUCAGAAAGCAGCUUCCUCAGGAGUCAGCGGAGUUUGACAGCAUCAAUGAACAGUGGAAGGUCAUAAUGCACCGCCUGGUUCGUGAACCCAAUGCACAGAGAGGAACCCAUCACCCAGGUCUCCUGGAUGCCCUCAAUGGAAUGAAUGGAAAGCUGGAAGAGAUUGAGAAGUCCCUGGACAUGUACCUGGAAACCAAGCGGCAGAUCUUCCCCCGCUUCUACUUCCUGUCCAACGAUGAUCUGCUGGAGAUCCUGGGACAGUCACGCAACCCUCCAGCAGUACAACCCCACAUGAAGAAAUGCUUCGACAACAUCAAGACUCUCAAAAUGCAGAAGGUAGUUGGAACAACAAACAAGAUGGAAGCGGCAGGAAUGUUCUCGGCCGAUGGGGAGUAUGUGGAGUUCAAACAUCCCACUCUGCUUGAGGGUCCUGUGGAGGCUUGGCUCUGUGAUGUGGAACGCACCAUGCGCUUUACUCUCAAAGAGCUACUCAAAGAGACCCGCUUGUCUCUGAAGAAAAUGCUGACCAGACGGGACAAGUGGGUGAAGGAGUGGCCCGGCCAGAUGCUGAUCACCGCCAGCCAGAUUCAGUGGACCACUGAUGUCACCAAGGCGCUGAUGUCAGCCAAAGAUCUGGAUGAUAAGAAACCUCUGCGAGUUAUUAAAAGGAAGCAGGUGAUCAUGCUGCGCAAGUAUUCCGAAGCCAUUCGAGGGAACCUGACAAAGAUCAUGCGCCUCAAGAUUGUGGCUCUGGUGACAGUGGAGGUCCAUGCCCGAGAUGUCAUUGACAAACUGUACAAGGUUAACUGUAUGGAUGUGACAGCGUUUGAUUGGCUGAGUCAGCUUCGCCUCUACUGGGACAAGGACCUAGAAGAUUGUUUAAUCCGACAAACCAACACCCAUUUCCAGUACGGCUAUGAGUACUUGGGCAACUCGGGACGCCUGGUGAUCACUCCGCUCACAGACAGGUGCUACGUGACACUGACAACAGCUCUCCACCUGCACCGAGGUGGCUCUCCCAAAGGACCAGCUGGAACAGGGAAGACUGAAACGGUCAAGGAUCUGGGGAAGGCCCUGGGCAUGUAUGUGAUUGUGGUCAACUGCUCUGAAGGCCUGGACUACAAGUCCAUGGGGCGUAUGUACUCUGGAUUGGCACAGACUGGAGCUUGGGGCUGUUUUGAUGAGUUUAAUCGCAUCAACAUUGAGGUGCUGUCAGUGGUGGCUCAGCAGAUCCUCUCCAUCCUGUCCGCUCUGUCCGCUGGGCUAACCCGCUUCAUCUUCGAAGGACGUGAGAUUAACCUUGUCUGGUCGUGUGGCAUCUUCAUAACCAUGAACCCAGGAUAUGCUGGGCGUACAGAACUGCCAGAUAACCUGAAGUCAAUGUUUAGGCCCAUCUCCAUGGUGGUCCCUGACUCCACACUAAUCGCAGAGAUCAUCUUGUUUGCAGAGGGAUUCAGCAACUGCAAGGCCCUGGCCAAGAAAGUCUACACCCUCUACUCACUGGCUAUACAGCAACUGUCCAAGCAAGAUCACUACGACUUCGGCCUCCGAGCCCUCACCUCCCUGCUCCGUUACGCUGGCAAGAAACGGCGCGACAAGCCCCAGCUGUCCGAUGAGGAGGUCCUCCUGAUGUCCAUGAAGGACAUGAACAUGGCCAAGCUCACCUCCAUCGACCUGCCACUGUUUUCUGGCAUUAUCCACGACCUAUUCCCUGGGGUGGAAACUCCAGUCUUGGAUUAUGGAAAGCUGAAGGAGGCCAUUGAGGCAGAACUGGUGGAGUCAGGCUACAAGGUCACAGAGUUCACCAUGUCAAAGGUGAUCCAACUCCACGAGACCCAGAGCUCCCGGCACUCCGUCAUGAUUGUGGGCAAGACGGGCAGUGGCAAAACGGUGGUGUGGCGCACACUGCAGGGAGCUCUGUCAGCCCUCCAUCGGAGCGGAGAGCCUUACAACCUGGUCAAGGACUAUCCUCUGAACCCGAAAGCAGUGUCACUGGGAGAGCUGUAUGGCGAGUACGAUCUGUCGACAAAUGAGUGGACAGAUGGAGUGCUCUCCAGUCUCAUGAGGGUUGCCUGUGCAGAUGAGAAGCCAGAUGACAAAUGGAUUGUGUUUGAUGGACCAGUAGACACGCUCUGGAUUGAGAGCAUGAAUUCGGUCAUGGAUGACAACAAAGUGUUGACGUUGAUCAAUGGGGAGCGGAUAUCGAUGCCUGAUCAGGUUUCUUUGCUGUUUGAAGUGGAAAAUCUGGCAGUUGCCUCUCCUGCCACUGUCUCACGGUGUGGGAUGGUUUACACUGACUACACGGACCUGGGAUGGAAGCCAUUUGUCGAGUCCUGGUUGAACAAGAGGCCCAAGGACGAGCAGGAGCAACUUCAGGAAAUGUUUCAGAAAAGCAUAGAGAAAACGCUGCACUUUAAAAAAGAUAACUGCAAGGAGCUGAUCCCUAUCGCUGAGCACUCCGGUGUCGUCUCUCUGUGCAAUCUAUACGAGACCCUGGCGACAGUGGAGAACGGGGUGAACCCUGCAGAUCCUGAUAACUACAUGCACAUGGUUUCCAUGGUCUUUGUGUUCAGUUUGAUCUGGUCCGUGUGUGCAUCCGUGGAUGAAGAAGGGAGGAAAAAGAUGGACAACUUCUUGCGCGAGAUGGAUGGCAGCUUCCCCAGCAAGGAAACUGUCUAUGAGUACUACGUUGAUCCAAAGACCAAAGUCUGGACCUCGUUUGAAGAAAAGUUGACGAAAUCUUGGCGUUAUCCCUCCAACUUGCCUUUCUAUAAAAUCAUUGUCCCCACAGUGGAUACGGUGCGUUACAACUUCCUGGUUAGCAGCUUGGUGUCCAAUCAAUGUCCCGUGCUGCUUGUGGGGCCGGUGGGCACUGGGAAGACCUCCGUUGCUCAGAAUGCACUUCAGAGCCUUGAUUCAGUUACGUGGUCAGUACUUACCGUGAACAUGUCUGCUCAGACAACAUCCAGUAACGUCCAGGAAAUUAUUGAGAGUCGCGUGGAAAAGAGAACCAAAGGCGUUUAUGUUCCUCUUGCUGGCAAAAAGCUCAUCACCUUCAUGGAUGACUUGAACAUGCCAGCCAAAGACACGUUCGGCUCCCAGCCACCACUGGAGCUGCUUCGUCUCUGGAUCGAUUACGGCUUCUGGUACGACCGGCGCAAACAGACCAUAAAACACAUCAAGGAAAUGUUUCUGAUGGGUGCGAUGGGCCCUCCUGGAGGUGGUCGAACCGUCAUCUCUCCCCGCCUGCUGAGCCGCUUUAAUCUGAUCAACAUGGCGUUUCCUGUGACCUCCCAGAUCAAGCGUAUUUUCAGCACCAUGAUAAACCAAAAACUGCAGGACUUUGAGGAACAGAUUAAACCAAUCGGUAACAUCAUCACGGAAGCCACCAUUGAGCUUUACAAUGAAGUUGUUCAGAGAUUUCUGCCGACACCAACCAGGAUUCACUACCUCUUCAACCUCCGAGAUAUCUCCAAGGUCUUCCAAGGGAUGCUCCGUGUGCACAAAGACUACCAUGACUCAAAAUCUACCAUCGUUCGCUUGUGGGUCCAUGAGUGCUUCAGGGUAUUUUCUGAUCGGUUUGUGGACCAAACAGACAUGGAACUAUUUGUGACGCUACUGAACGAGAAGUUGGGCACUUUCUUGGAUCUGACUUUCCACAACCUCUGUCCCAGUAAGCAGCCACCCAUUUUUGGUGACUUCAUGCGAGGGGAUGUCUAUGAAGACUUAACUAACUUCAAGGCACUGAAAACCUAUAUGGAGACCCAGUUGGAGGAGUAUAACGCGACCCCUGGGGUGGUGCCAAUGAGCCUCGUUCUAUUCAAAGAUGCCAUUGAACAUGUGACCCGGAUAGUGCGUGUGAUCGGACAGCCACGAGGCAACAUGCUCUUGGUUGGAAUUGGGGGUAGUGGGCGACAGAGUCUCUCCCAGCUCGCUGCAUUCAUCUCUGUCUACAACACCUACAAAAUUGAAGUCACCAAGGUCUACCGCAAGCUGGAAUUUAGAGACGAUCUCAAGAAAAUUUACAGAGAGGCUGGAGUUCAAAAUAAUCCAACAAUGUUCCUGUUCACGGACACCCAGUUAGUUGAAGAGAACUUCUUGGAAGAUAUUAAUAAUAUCCUGAGCUCAGGAGAAGUUCCAAAUUUGUUUAAAGCAGAUGAAUUUGAGGAGAUCAAAAAUACUCUGUCUGAAGAAGCAAAAAAUGAGUCAGUUCCCGAAACAAAUGAAGGAAUCUUCAAUUUCUUCAUGGAGAGGGUGCGAAGCAACCUCCACGUGGUGCUGUGCAUGAGUCCUGUUGGAGACCCCUUCAGGAACCGGGUUCGCCAGUACCCGGCGCUGGUGAACUGUACCACCAUUGAUUGGUUCUCGGAAUGGCCGCAGGAUGCAUUGCUCGAAGUGGCCGAGCGAUACCUGAUGAAGGUGGAUGUCGGAGGAUCAGAGGAGGUAAGGACUAACCUGGCACACAUCUUUGUCACGAUGCAUCGCUCAGUGAGCACAUACUCCCAGAAGAUGCUGUUGGAACUGCGGAGGCACAACUACGUCACCCCAACCAACUACCUGGAGCUUGUGUCCGGGUAUAAAAAGCUGCUGGAGGAGAAACGCAUCGAGCUCAGCAGCCAGGCGAACAAGCUGCGGAACGGGCUGUCCAAGAUCGAUGACACUCGGGAUAAGGUAGAGGUGAUGUCUGUCGAGCUGGAGGAGGCGAAGGUGAAGGUGGCCGAAUUCCAGAAGCAGUGUGAGGAGUACCUGGUGAUCAUCGUGCAGCAGAAGCGUGAAGCUGAUGAGCAGCAGAAGACCGUGAGCUCCCACAGUGAGAAGAUAGCUGCAGAAGAAAUUAAGUGUAAGAUAAUGGCAGAAGGUGCCCAGAAGGAACUGGACGAGGCGAUGCCAGCACUGCAGGAUGCCAUGAGGGCUCUGGAGUCCUUGAAUAAGAAGGACAUGACUGAGAUCAAGUCAUACGGCCGCCCUCCUGUCCUGGUCGAGACGGUGAUGCAGGCAGUCAUGAUCCUGCGGGGCUCGGACCCGACCUGGGCUGAGGCAAAGAAGGAGUUGGGUGAGCCAAACUUCAUAAAACAGCUGAUUAACUUUGAUAAAGACAAUAUUUCUGACAAGGUGCUGAAGAAGAUCGGAACAUACUGUGCACAACCGGACUUCCAGCCAGAAAUCGUCGGCCGCGUUUCUGUGGCAGCCAAGUCCCUCUGCAUGUGGGUUCUUGCCAUGGAGCUGUACGGCAGACUGUACCGUGUGGUUGAACCCAAACGGCUCCGGCUGAACGCAGCCUUGGCACAACUGGCGGAGAAACAGGCGUCUCUUGCUGAGGCACAGGCUAAGUUAAAGGAGGUUGCUGAGAAGCUGGAAAUGUUAAAGAAACAGUAUGAUGAGAAACUGGCUCAAAAGGAGGAAUUGCGCAAAAGGUCGGAGGAAAUGGAAAUCAAACUGGACCGGGCCGACAAGCUGCUGUCUGGUCUGGCGGCAGAGAAAGUGCGCUGGGAGGAGACUGUGAAGGGCCUGGAUUCAGACAUGGGCUACCUGGUCGGGGAUUGUCUGUUGGCCUCGGCCUUCCUCUCGUACAUGGGACCGUUCCUAUCCAACUACCGGGAUGAGAUAGUUACUGACAUCUGGAUGAAGGAGGUUAACGUCCGUGCCGUUCCAUACUCGCCUGAAUUUGCCUUUGCAAACUUCCUCUCGAACCCAACAACAGUGCGAGACUGGAACAUCCAGGGACUGCCAACAGAUGCCUUCUCCACUGAGAAUGGAGUCAUCGUAACCAGGGGCAACAGGUGGCCUCUGAUGGUGGAUCCACAGGGCCAGGCUCUGAAGUGGAUCAAGAACAUGGAGCAUUCCAAGGGACUGAAAGUCAUCGAUUUUCAGAUGAGCGAUUACAUGCGAGUGCUGGAAAAUGGUGUGCAGUUUGGGUCUCCCGUCUUACUCCAGAAUGUCCACGAAGAACUGGACCCAUCGCUUGGCCCCAUACUCAAUAAAUCUGUCACCAAAGCAGGUGGGCGCCUGCUGAUGAAACUGGGAGACAAGGAGAUCGAAUACAACAAGGACUUCCGAUUUUACAUCACCACCAAGUUGUCGAAUCCACACUAUGCCCCCGAAAUCUCCAGCACAACCACAAUCGUCAACUUUGCAGUGAAAGUCCAGGGCCUCGAGGCACAGUUACUGGGCAUUGUGGUGAGGAAGGAGCGGCCGGAGCUGGAAGAGCAGAAGGACUCCUUGGUCAUUAACAUCGCAGCCGGCAAGAAGAAGCUCAAAGAGCUGGAAGAUGAGAUCCUAAGGUUGCUGAACGAGGCCACAGGUUCGUUACUGGAUGACGUACAGUUGGUCAAUACCUUGCAAACUUCAAAGGUAACUGCCACAGAAGUAGCAGAGCAGAUAGAGAGCAGCGAGACCACCGAGGUGAAGAUCGACGCUGCCCGAGAGGGUUACCGCUCAUGCGCCGAGCGAGCUUCCAUCCUCUUCUUUGUGCUGAAUGACAUGGGCAAGAUUGACCCUAUGUACCAGUUCUCACUGGAUGCCUACAUUGACCUCUUCAAUCUGAGCAUCGAGAAGAGCAAACGCACUCCAAAGCUGCAGGAGCGAAUCGCCAACCUCAACGAGUACCACACGUACGCUGUGUACAGGUACACGUGCCGUGGGCUCUUCGAGAGGCACAAGCUGCUCUUCAGCUUCCAGGUGUGCAUCAAGAUCCUGGAGGUGGCUGGCAAACUCAACAUGGACGAGUACAAUUUCUUCCUGCGCGGGGGUGUGGUGUUGGACAGAGAGGAGCAGAUGGACAACCCAUGCCCUGGAUGGCUCGCAGACACCAACUGGGACAACAUCACAGAGCUCGAUAAGUUGACCAACUUCCACGGAAUUAUGAACUCGUUUGAGCAGUAUCCCAAAGACUGGAACGCUUGGUACACCAGUUCGGAGCCGGAAACUGCAGUGCUGCCGGUGGAAUGGGAGAACACAUGCAAUGAGCUGCAGCGGAUGCUGAUCGUGCGUUCCUUGCGGCAGGACCGCGUUGCCUUGUGCGUGACGUCCUUCAUCAUCAACAACCUCGGCUCCAAGUUUGUGGAACCCCCGGUGCUGGACAUGAAAUCGGUGAUCGAUGACUCCAACACCAGGACCCCACUGAUAUUUGUGCUCUCGCCAGGGGUGGACCCCACCAGCGCACUGCUGCAGCUCGCCGAGUAUUCAGGAAUGGCGAGCCGCUUCCACGCACUCUCGCUGGGCCAGGGCCAGGCCCCCAUUGCCACACGGAUGAUCACAGAGGGUGUGGCAGAAGGUAACUGGGUGUUUCUCGCCAACUGUCACCUCUCGCUGUCCUGGAUGCCCCAGUUGGAUAAGCUCAUUGAACAGCUACAGAUCCAGGAUCCACAUCCUGACUUCCGACUCUGGAUCAGUUCCAGCCCACACCCAGACUUCCCUGUCUCCAUCCUACAGAGCAGCAUCAAGAUGACAACGGAGCCACCAAAGGGCAUCAAGGCGAACAUGAAGCGAUUGUACAACCUGGUGAGCCAGCAGCAGUUCAGCCACUGCUCCAAACCCAAGAAGUACAAGAAGCUGCUCUUCGCAAUGUGCUUCUUCCACAGCAUCCUCCUGGAGCGCAAGAAGUUCCUGCAGCUCGGAUGGAACAUUAUCUACAGCUUCAAUGACUCAGACUUCGAGGUAUCUGAAAAUUUGCUCAGCAUUUACCUGGACGAAUACAACGUCACCCCUUGGGAUGCCCUCAAGUACCUGAUUGCAGGAGUGAAUUACGGGGGCCACGUGACAGAUGACUGGGACCGCCGGCUCCUCACCACCUACAUCAACGACUACUUCUGUGACAAGGCCAUCGCCACCAACUACUACAAACUCUCCAGCCUGGACAAUUACUACAUCCCCAAGGACGGAGACCUUAACUCAUACCAGGAAUACAUCAGCAUGCUGCCUGCCGUGGAGCACCCCGAGGCCUUUGGGCAGCACCCGAACGCGGACGUGGCCAGUGAGAUUGCUGAGGCCCACAGACUCUUCGAGACCCUGCUGUCCCUACAGCCACAGAUCACCACAGCCGUGGGCAGGGGCCUGACCCGGGAGGAGAAGGUUCUCGAACUCUCAGGGGACGUGUUGCAGAAGACCCCGGAAGACCUGGACUACGAAGGAACACGGGUGAUGAUACAGGAGGACAACUCGCCUUUGAAUGUUGUGUUGCUACAGGAAAUCCAGCGUUACAACGUUCUCCUCGACAUCAUCAGGACAUCGCUCACUGAGCUGAAGAUGGCAAUCCAAGGGCUGGUCGUCAUGUCUACUGACCUGGAGGAAAUAUUUAACUGUAUCCAUGAUGCCCGUGUGCCGUCUUUAUGGGAACUGGCCUACCCGUCCAUGAAGCCACUGGGAGCCUGGACCCGGGACCUGGUGCACAGGGUGGAACAGUUUGCCAAGUGGGCAGAGUCCACACACCCACCCGUCAUCUUCUGGAUCUCCGGCUUCACCUUCCCCACGGGAUUCCUCACUGCCGUGUUACAGCUUGCGGCUCGCAACAACAUGAUCUCAGUCGACUCGCUGUCCUGGGAGUUUGUCGUCUCUGUGGUCGAUGACAAUAACUUGCUGCAGCCUCCCAAGGAAGGCGUGUUCGUCAAAGGCAUGUACCUGGAGGGGGCAGGCUGGGACAAGAGGAACGCCUGCCUGGUGGAGGCAGAACCCAUGCAGCUGGUCUGUCCCAUCCCCACCAUCCACUUCAAACCUGUGGAGAACAAGAAGAAGUCCUCCAAAGGCACCUACCUCUGCCCAUGUUACUACUACUCGCAGCGGGCAGGCAGCACUCGGCACACCUCCUUCGUGGUGGGGAUUGAGCUGAGGACAGGAGACAAGCCACCCGAUCAUUGGAUCAAACGAGGCACCGCCCUCCUCAUGAGCUUGGACUACUAGAGCCGCUCCCAGCACCCAGCCCUCACCCGAUGGGCAGCCACACCGUUGUUCCAUGUGAUGGGAUCAGAAACAUUGUAAAUUUACUACUUGCCAAUAAAUGUGUUUCCACACUGCUGGGCUGCGCACGGUUAGAUUGACAACCCGGUC